UCACUUCCAUCCUUAAGCAGACAGGUUGCAAUGUCUCGUACUAGCUCCGCAAGUAUGUUCGGUGGGGCCGGGGGAAGAGACUCCCGGGCUUCUGUGUCCACUCUGAGGGGUCUCCGGAGCGCUCUGCGCCCCGACUCCCGAAGAGAUGGCGACAACUAUGCCUCGACCCCCGCCGAUGACAAGCAGACCAUGAAGGGCCUGAACAAUCGUCUGUCCGGCUACCUGGGUCGGGUGCGGCAGCUGGAGAAGUCCAAUGACGAUCUGGAGGACAAGAUCAUAGACAUUUUGAAGAGGAGAGGAAAGACCACCGAUCAUGACUGGAAGGAGAUUGAGAAACCUCUGGUUGAUCUUAAGAAGCAGGUGCGCCAAAAGACCUUGGAGAAUGCUCGUCUUAUUCUGCAGAUUGACAACAGCAAACUGGCAAACGAAGAUUUCAAAAACAAGAUGGAAACUGAGCUGCUUGUGCGUCAGCAUGUGGAGCGGGACCUUUCCGACCUGCGCAAAGUCAUCGAUGACACCCAGCUGUCUAAGAUGCAGCUGGAGAGUCAGAUCGAGGCCGUCAAAGAGGAACUGGCUUAUCUCAAGAAGGAUCACCAUGAAGAUGUGAUGGCGCUGCGUCAGAAAGUAAAGGAGUCUGACGUUACCGUGGAGAUGGACUCACCUGACUCUACCCUGGCUGACACCCUCAACAAGAUCCGCGGGCAGUAUGAAUCGGUUGCCGUGAAAAACCGCGACGAGACUGACACCUGGUACAAUAAGAAGUUUGAUAACAUCAAGGUUGAAGUGGCAAAAAAUACAGAGAGUCUCCAGUCCAACAAGAAUGAGCUAAAUGACCUGCGUCGCCAAAAACAGCUCCUGGAGAUUGAUGUGCAGUCUAUGAACAGUAUGCACAUCUCUCUGGAGGAGACCAUCCAGGACACAGAGGGCCGUUACGGCCGUGAGCUGGCCCGCCUCAACCGCCUGCUGCAGCAGCUGGAGAGCGACCUGGGCCAGGUCAGGGACCAGGUGGAGCGGCAGUCUGAAGACUACCAGGCACUGCUCAGCGUCAAGAUGAAGCUGGAGGCUGAGAUUGAGAGCUACCGCAGCCUACUGGAGGGCAUCGACGACGAGUGA